AUGGACAGGCUGAAGGUGGUGUGGAGAUAUGCAAGCAAAGAUAACGCUACUAUGCACUCGCUGGAGAAAGUCAUCGCACAACCAGCCAAGGGAGAUCCAGUCCCAGAACCAGAACCUGCAGAUUGGCGAGGCGAAAAGGAUAAAGAUGCUGCUGCCGAGGCCAGUCCAUCAAGUGGCGUGAGCAGUGGAAGACCAGGAGGCGCCAUGCUUACUAUGGGAGCCACCAUCAUGGCUGGAGUAGAUUCCCUAACCAAGGAUUUGGGCUUACGACCAGAUGACUCAACAAGCGCAGAGGUUAGCCGUGCGAACAGUGUAAGAAGCAGCUCUCAUCAACCACAUACCGACAGAGGCACUAAUUUGGCGGAAGAGGACGAGAGCGAGGGCGUCAGAGCCUAUGGACCUGAAGGUGAAGAUAUCGUAAGCUCCCAGCACUUUGCCAGGGACGAAGCGAGGAUGGAAGAGGCGGAAGAGAAGGCUGAUACAAGAAUCGGAAGAGCUGUUGAGUCUGGAGUGGAGAAGCUCGGGGCGAUGCUUCCUGGGACGACGAAGACAACAGACCCGCAGAAUGAGCAUAGGGCGGAAAAGCACGCACCGUAG